AGUGUUCACGUCGCACAGGAGCUACGUGGGGUGAUAUCGCCAAACACUCUUCUCAAGUAAAUUUUGGCUAUAAACCCCGUAUUGACUUUGAAACCCGAAGAUUCCUGUUUGAUACAUAAGUUGUUUUACACGGUGAACGAGCAAUUCACACGAUAAUGUUUAGUGAUACCGGGGAAACGCCCACGAGGUAUGAAUUAUUGAGCAUGGUGAAGAAGCACUCUAACUUACUGGGAAAAACCAUUGUUGAGGAGAGUGAUGCUCCUGACGUUGAAAUGGAUAUGAAAUUUUGGCACGACGUCUUUGAUUUGUAUUUUAUUCGUGGUAAGGAGUCAAGGGGACGGCAAGAUGACGAUCUCGUGUUCUUUGUCAGGAAAUUGGGAUCUCAAGGAUAUGCUUCCUACAAUAAUCCGGUGAGCGAUGCUCCUUACUUUGUACGCAGGUGGGCUCCUAAGUUGGACGACUUAAUUGAUGAAACUUCUACAGAUGUUGACUGGAGGCGUUCAUUUUACUUGAACUUAAUUGCUCAUACCUCCUUUAGUGUAACUAUUGCAAUUUGCAGUCACCAGGUUCUUCGGAAUCAUCAAGCUUCACAAAGUACACCAUUGUCCCCUAUAUAUAAGGUUGUAAAAACUGUGUAUGCAUCUCCAAGUCGUGUAAAUUUUCAGUUGAACUUUGAAAAGGAAGUGGAGACAACACCUGCUUAUCCAGAUAUUUGUUUUGCAAUUGAUGACUUUGACUCCACUUUUGAUGCGGUGGUUUUAACUGAAAAGGACCAUUGCUAUUGUGUAGUUCUUAACGCACAUGAUGGGGCAGCAUUUCCUAGUAAGGAAUCACACGAUUGCAGUGUUAAUGAUAACUCUAGAGUUGAUCCUAAUUCCUUAAAGAGAAAGGACACUAAGCUUACCCUUUUCUCAGGGUUUGUCAGCUAUCAGAUGGUUCGAGAUGCACAUGAUGCUGGCAAGUCUCGAUUUGGUAGCCUUUUAUCAGGGGGUCAUUCCGCGGGCAAAACAGACAGAAUUUAUAUGAAAGGUCCUGGAGGCCGUGGGGAAGUUGAAGUAGCUGUUUCCAGUGUUACAGAUCAAAGUCAGGAGGAUUCAGGUCCUUUCUCUCCAAUAGUAUCAAAGAAAGGGUUUGGAAUUGGCUCAAUUGUUCGCAGAGCAGCAUCCGUCGCAUCUGUUGCAGCAAAACAUGCUUAUGCGGCUGCCUCUUCCUCUAGCUCCGAUUUUGAUUAUGAACUGAUACCUUUGAAAUGCAGCUUAAUGUCUGUAUCCUUGCCCUGGGAGCAUAUAGCAUAUGAUCUUCUGUUCAAGGGAGCUCCUCCGGUGAACAUGUGAAUAUCUGAUGAAUUUGUGCCUGCUACGGGAGAAACAAGGGAGAUUGAAACCAAAAUUUCCACGUCAUAUUUUGGAAUUUGUUCCCCCCUCUGACAAUUGUCUAUAGGUGCAUGUUCCAUGUGCAGGCAUCAAAGUGUGCAUAUUUGAUGUUGGUUUGAGCAUCUUAUGGCUAUUUGUUGAAUCUUAGUUCUUUUUUUUUUUUUUGGUGAAUAUUGAAUCUCAGUUUUAGAUAAUGUGAUAUAGACGUUGUAUCAUCUGUUGGAUUACUGUGACACUGUCAAUUCCCAGGUUCUCAGUAAGUCAGGUUCAUUUUUAAAUUUGUUCUUA